CCGCAGCGGCCGAGAGGGGCCUUGGGCCGGGGGAGCCCCGGGCGAGGAGCAGGGCUGGGGCUGCUCCUGAACGCCCGUGGCGUGCCCUCGUGUUUAACCUCGAACAGCAUCGCUCCGCAGCGUGCGGGGCCGUAGGGCUGCAGGAGAAACCAGGCCCGAAAGGGUGGCGAGGCCAGGCUGACCCCAGCGGAGGCGAGGAGCGGGGCCGGGAGCGCACUGCGGACGGGACACGCGUCCGCCGGGCCUGUGUCCCGAGGAGGCGAAGAACGCCGAGCCCACCGCCGGUGUGUGUGUGCGGGGAUCCCGCAGGGCCCUGAUCCGUGUCCCGAGGAGGCGAAGAACGCCGAGCCCACCGCCGGUGUGUGUGUGCGGGGAUCCCGCAGGGCCCUGAUCCGUGUCCCGAGGAGGCGAAGAACGCCGAGCCCACCGCCGGUGUGUGUGUGCGGGGAUCCCGCAGGGCCCUGAUCCGUGUCCCGAGGAGGCGAAGAACGCCGAGCCCACCGCCGGUGUGUGUGUGUGGGGAGCCCGCAGGGGCUGAUCCGUGUCCCGAGGAGGCGAAGAACGCCGAGCCCACCGCCGGUGUGUGUGUGCGGGGAUCCCGCAGGGCCCUGAUCCGUGUCCCGAGGAGGUGAAGAACGCCGAGCCCACCGCCGGUGUGUGUGUGUGGGGAGCCCGCAGGGCCCUGAUCCGUGUCCCGAGGAGGCGAAGAACGCCGAGCCCACCGCCGGUGUGUGCGGGGAGCCCGCAGGGCCCUGCCCGGGCCGGGGGCGCUGCCCGGGCUGAGCCCGGUGCCCCCCAUGGGCCUGGCCCUGCGUGUUCCAUGACUGGGAGCUGGCGCAGAUCCGUGUAUUGCACAAAGAAGGGCAAGAAAAGAGUGCAGGAAGCAAGGCGGCAGGGAAACCACCAGACACGCUCCUGAUGGAGGUACAAGUUCUGAUUGACAGAGAUAAUGAUGCCAUUGCAUUUGAAAAUAACAUCCAGCAACUGAGCCCAUGUGAAGAGGAGGAGGGAAAGGAAGUUUUUUCCACUGUUGAGGAAACAGAGAGUCAGAGCUGCAAAGGGGGUGAUGAUUUGUCAGACUUACUCAAUAAAAGUAAAGAGCAGGAAUAUCCAACUGCAUCAGAACAAACAGUUGUAAGAAAUCUCAAGAAUCUAAAAUUUGAGGCUUGUGCUCCACAUCAGGAAAAAGCCAAGUUACCAAGUCUUAGGUGUCAUUUGAAAACCCAUUUGGAUGAGAAACGUCACGUGUGUCACCUCUGCCCGAAGGCCUUCCGUACAGCAGCUCUGCUGCAUAACCAUGUGAACACACAUACAGGGAACAAGCCCCAUAAAUGCAGUGAGUGUGACACAGCCUUUGUGACCCGAGGGGAGCUUUCAAGACACAGGAGGUACAAACACACUUUGGAGAGGCCUUUCAAGUGCACAAUAUGUGAAUACUCUAGUGUAGAAGCCAGCAAGAUGAGGCGCCACGUUCGCUCGCACACGGGAGAGAGGCCCUACCCCUGUCACCUGUGCAGCUAUGCCAGCAAAGAUGCCUACAAACUGAAAAGGCACAUGGUAACUCACACAGGUGAAAAACGCUAUGAAUGUUACGUUUGCCAAGCCAGAUUCACUCAAAGUGGUACCAUGAAAAUCCAUGUGUUACAGAAGCAUGGAGAAAAUGUGCCAAAACAUCAAUGUCCACAUUGUAGUACUUUCCUUUCCCGAAAAAGUGAUUUGGGUGUGCACCUGAGGAAUCUGCAUUCCUACAUGGAAGAGGCAGUGAAGUGCAGGGACUGUGAGGCAGCUUUCCACGAGCGCUACGCUUUCCUUCAGCACAGGAAGACUCACAGGAGGGAGAGGAGCUUCAGGUGUGCUCAGUGCAGCUGCACGUGUAACCAGAGUAAUAUGUGUAAGCGUGCUGAAAAUCGUGGAUUGGUGAGGGCAAAAACUGCUACACCCAGAAAAGGAAGCAAAGGCAAAAAUAAAAUCCAUGAGAACCCGAAGUGUGCUAAGCCAGAAGUUGCCCUGAAAUUAUUCCCAGGUGACUCUACUGUGGAAAAUGAACGUUAUGCCAGUGAGAUUGUUCCUGUUUUAGAUGGGACAGAAACAGCAACGCCGAGAGAACACAGAACAGAAGCAACUCAUUAAAUGGAUCCUCAACAUGAUGGACAAAAAUGCACAAACAGACUUCCUUGUAAUUGGGCAGUUCAAAGUGUGGAACUACCUCCAGUUAGA